CCUUUCCUUCUUCCUUGGGCCAUACAUAUCCAGACCAAUCCAUCAUUACCUCCCUGUGUUUCAAGUUGCAUUUUUUAUGGUUUUUCUUUGCGCUCACAUGCACACAUCCUGACGUUCUCCGGUUCCAUUUCAAUACGGGUUUCCCUGUUCCUGUGCGAUCGGAUCGUUUUUUGUCCGUUUUACAUUUCGUUCCUUUAAAGUUAAUCGCACACAACGGAAAACGGUGGAACCUCGGCGAUUCUAGUCACUCGACAGAAGCUUUAGAUCAAGAAGCCGAGACGCGCGUAGUUAAUAACCGUCAAAACAUUACAUAAAACCAACGACGCCGCGGUUUGGUAAACUGAACAAAAAAAAAACGAACAUAACGACGAAACGCAGUGCAAUUGAAAAUCAGUGAAACGAAACAAAUGCUUAAGCCGUUUAAAGUUGUUGAAAUUUUGUAGAGAUGCUAACUAGUGAAAGCAAAAGGUGAAAAUAAAUCGAGCCCAAGUGUGUGGUUUGCCAAGCAAUGAGAAUCGGAAAAAGUAAAGUGUUGAACUAGCCAGCGAUAGUAAAAAGUGUUAGAAGAAAACAAAAAAAACUGCUUAUCAAAACCCCCUCGCAAAAAUCGAUUCAUUGAUGCGUGCACAGUAAAAUGGCCUCAUCUCCUACGCCAUCGCUAGAAUCGUUACCCGGUGCAUCAAACUCGAUUGGAUCGUACGGUGAGCCUACUGACUACCUAUCGGACUCGCCUCUGACCACCCUAAGCGGUUCGGCAACAGGAUCAUCGCCCCCGGCCAGUGAUAGCGCCAUCUGUGACGACUACGUAACCGCGUCCAGUCUCGAAUCGGCCCAGUCCAACAGUUCUGAAUCGUUGUUUCCCCGGUGCACCGGCUGCAAAAGCAAACAGUCGGAUGCUGUAGCCAAGUGUAUCGAUUGUGUAAAUUUCCUGUGUUCCAACUGUGUCACUGCUCAUCAAUUUAUGCACUGUUUUGACGGACAUUCCGUGUUUCGUUUUGGAAAUUCGUCAUCCAGUACCGGUUCCACGACCGGCACAACGACAACAAUCGCAAACGGUGGUGUUUUAGGUGGCCUAGAGGGAAGCCUGCUGGCCAACAACAUACUGAAUAGUAGUAAAAUAAUGAACGGAUUCGAGCCAUCCCCACAUCGAUUGACCUCGCUGAAUCUGACGAUCAAAGACGACACCAGCAGUCUGGUGAAGUCCAUCAUGAACAAUGUGAUAACACCGCCAACGUCCAACGGAACCGGUGGUGGAAUCAACCUACCCAUUACCACCGUCAACCAGCUCAACAGUCAGCUAUCGGCCCUGAACGUAAACGGUAUCGAAAUGAACGGCCCAAACAAGCCAAACUACUUCUGCAAACGCCACACCAACGAACUGCUCAAGUUCUUCUGCCGAACCUGCAGCGUUCCCGUCUGCAAGGACUGCAUGCUUAUGGAACAUCCGAAUGGGGUGCACGAAUGUGAACACAACCCGGAUUCGACCCCAAAACAGAUUGAAAAUCUUUUGCACACCGUCAGCGAGGUUCGCGCCAAGGCGACGGAACUGCGGGCACUGAUCAAAAACGUUGAACACAGUAGCCAGCGCAUCCAGGGGCAAUACCACAAGGCACAGAACGAAAUAACCGAAACCCAUCAGUUCUACCGCUCGAUGCUAGACGAGCGCAGGGCCGAACUGUUGAAGGAACUGGAGAGUUUCUAUAACACCAAGAACAUGUCCCAAUCGGUGCUACUAACCAAGAGUCAGGAUCAGGUCGACAAAGUACUGCAGAGUUGCGAGUUUGUCGAACGCCUUAGUAAAUGUGCCGGCCUAGCGGAGACAAUCAUGUUGCGAAAGUUUAUGGAAAACAAGCUCCUGCUCUUCCCGAGUAUUACGCAAGACCUGCAAUCAUCCUACGAACUAGACUUUGUAUCGAACUAUCAGGCAAUCCAAGUUGGCGUACGGAACACAUUCGGCUACAUCCGAUCGACCUCUGAUAUGACCUCCACGACAAAGCAACCCCCGAUCGCCCGGCCUACAUCGACAAACGCGAAUUGCGGCUCGAACGGAGUUAUCGGAUCCAAUCUUAUCAUGACCAACGGCAACAGUCCGUCCAGCAGUACCGGCAGUUUGAAUAUGAUCCAGCACCAGAACCAGAUGAUGGUAAAUGGAGGCAACAAUGGGCAUCUAAUCGAUCGGCAAUACUCCAACGGUAAUGGCAACAGCGGAAACGGUAUGAGCAUGUCCACGUCACCCUCGCAAACCAACGGCGUCGGAGGAGGAGGUGGUGGUGGCGGUGGUUUAUCAUCGUUCGAUUCCAACAUAAUUUCGAAGCGCUUCAAUAGCGCCAACAGUUUGGGACCAUUCGUUGGAGAAGUGCAACCCCUGCAACCGUUAAACCCGUACGAAAAGUGGAGCAACGGGGGGACCGAUAUCUUCAACAACAUCAACGACCAGUACACCAUUCCGCUGAAUCACAUCCCACAGGAGUCGAUGAUUGAUCUCAGCUCGAAACUGAUGAAUACGUCAAUUUUCCCACCGAAGUCGCAGAUCAAGCGACAGAAAAUGAUCUAUCACUGCAAGUUUGGCGAAUUUGGUGUGAUGGAGGGGCAGUUCACGGAACCCAGUGGUGUGGCCGUCAAUGCACAAAACGAUAUCAUUGUGGCCGAUACCAACAAUCAUCGGAUUCAGAUCUUCGACAAGGAAGGUCGUUUCAAGUUCCAAUUUGGUGAGUGUGGCAAAAGAGACGGCCAACUGUUGUACCCGAAUCGCGUAGCGGUAGUGAGGACUUCCGGGGAUAUUAUUGUCACCGAACGAUCGCCCACACACCAGAUUCAGAUCUACAACCAGUACGGCCAGUUUGUGCGAAAGUUUGGCGCAAAUAUUCUGCAGCAUCCCCGCGGCGUUACGGUUGAUAGCAAGGGCCGUAUCGUGGUGGUAGAGUGCAAGGUGAUGCGAGUGAUUAUCUUCGACCAGUCUGGCAAUGUGCUGCAAAAGUUUGGCUGCAGUAAGCACCUGGAAUUCCCGAACGGUGUAGUGGUGAAUGACAAGCAGGAAAUUUUCAUUAGCGACAACCGGGCGCACUGCGUUAAAGUGUUCAAUUAUGAGGGCCAGUUCCUGCGGCAGAUUGGCGGCGAAGGUAUCACCAACUACCCAAUCGGAGUCGGAAUCAAUGCGAGUGGCGAGAUCCUUAUUGCAGACAAUCACAACAAUUUCAACCUGACCAUUUUCACCCAGGACGGCCAGCUAGUGUCGGCCUUGGAGAGCAAGGUCAAACAUGCCCAGUGCUUUGACGUGGCGCUGAUGGACGAUGGCAGUGUAGUGCUGGCGAGCAAGGAUUACAGAUUGUACAUCUACCGGUACGUUCAAGUACCGCCGAUUGGAUUGUAAAGGGAGGAGAAUCUGCGCGCCGAACAGGCGUGCGGAUCGAGUGAAUCCGGCGGAAGAGGCACUACUUUUUCGAGACACAGAAAAAACGCAAUAUGCAUGAAACGAACUGAUUCAACAUAGACGGGUGAGGGGGAAAAGUGUGUGUGUGCUCCUCGCCAAAAUUAUUGAACGACUGUGAGUGAAGUUUCGUCCCGAGAUAAACAAGAAGAAAAAAAAAGAACAUUAAGAACCAACUCUAGUCCUCGCCAUCUCCGCCGCCGUUUCCAGAGGAGGCCGUUCGUCUUCUGUUCUACAACAACUAUUCUACUAUUACUGUGCGUGUACAUGCGUUCGUUAGUUCGUUCGUGUGUGUGUGCUCGUAUGCAUGCGGUUUCGGAUCAGCCCGGAACGCAAUUCAACAGCGAAAGGAAAAUCUCCAUCUGAAACACAGAUCUCCAGCGAAGCAAGCGAGCGGCCAUCGCACACACAGGCCAGGAGAGACAAAGAAAGACCGAGAAAGAGAAUGAGUGAGAUGGAGAGUGGUCCAGAAAUGGCCAAGAACCAAGACGAUGAACCCGAGAAUGUAUCUACAGCGCGCGAGAGAGAGAGAGAGAGAGAGAGAGAGAGAGAGAGAGAAACCGGAAGAACGAGAAAUGCGGCCGCUCUUGUCAACGACGGACGACGGUUUAUUUGUUGGGCCUGCCGGCAAGCUGCAAACGGCGCGGGGUUCGACAGUGGGUUGCGCAUAUGUAGAAUACUGUGUGUGUGACACGCUUUCGCCGCGAAGAGCAGUAAGAAAAAAAGUAGAAGCGAGAGAAAGAAAAAAUGUGUGUUAUCAAUCUGGAAGCCAGCUGUUUACUACGGGCUGUUUUGGCGGCGGGUGAUGUCAAGUUCGUUGGCGGAAGUGCAUGCGGGGAGCCAUCGGUAGCAGAGAAGCGAACCAGAAUCAGCGUGGAGCACACAUACACAGAGAGAGAUAGAGAGAGAAACAGCAACCAUAAGACGUCGGGCCGGCCGCCGCGCGGAAUGAAGUCAACUGUGUUAGCUUUCGCCUCCACGGAACAGAAAAAAAAUUGGCAUCGGAACAGAAUUAAAUACACAAAACGAACGUGAGGAAAUCAGCGGUCGUUACGGCAGUUACACUCCUCAGAAGAAAACAGUUUUCCAAACUAUCGCAAACUAUCUUAUCUGUGUUCAUAAACUUAACAAACAAACAAACAAAAAAAGCAAAGAAGAGCUUGUCUGCGAGUGCCGAUCCGCUGCCAGGCCGCGCAGAUCUAAAAGGGACUGAGUGAAAAACGAGAACGAAAGGAGUUUGUUUUCAUUAAUUUUACAGUGCAGUAUUACUGAUUUUUUGUUUUGUUUUUUGCUCGUUUACACACGUUUACGUAAGGCCAAGGAGCGAUCCUUAAAUUGUAUUGUAAAGCUAUUAUUUUUUUUUAUUCAAUUGGUUUUUACCCUUAUAUACAUUGUCGUAGUUGCGUGCUCUAACUGUUUAUCCGCCUAAAGGAAACAAAACACUAUCUGUAGAAAGUAUCUCGUUAAUGUGUAAGACUCCCGGACAACUAUGUCAUAUUUGUGUGUGUGUUUUUUUUUGCUAACUACUCACUUUUACCUUAGCGGAUAGUCGUCUCUUUUUAGUUAUCUCAUUUUUUAAUUGUAUUUUUAUAUAUAAACUAUUAUUAUUUUUGAUAUAUUAUUAUUGCAUUUAGAAAACGACACAUUUUUAAAUUAAUAUUAUACACCUUUGUUGGUUAUGUUGAUUUUUGUUUUGUUAAAUUAUUACACGUAAGUUUUUGAGUUUAACGAGUUUUGACAAAACCUAUACUUGUAGUAGAGUAGCUCUGCGAGGACACUCGAAAUGCAGAAAAUGUAUAUUUUUUAAAGCAACGAAAUUUGAGCAAUCUGUACCCUGUAAGAUCACUUUUUGAAAAUGAGGAGGAAAAUUAUGUAGGCAAGCAUUUAAGCAGAGUGUGUUGUAACGCGUUCGUUUUUCUCCCAUUUUGUAGCAAGCAAAAACAACUUAAAGACACUGAGAAACAAACAAACAAACAAA